UUCGUGUAAAGAAUGUUAUGAUAUUCACAGUGACCGCACGUAUCUGUGCAAUGAUCUAAUAAAAAAAAACCUAAAUAAUUCACCACAGUUGAAUGAAAUACUUCUUCUACUGUAGACCAACUCUUUUUUUUAACUGUGAACCUAUUAUUUAUAACUAGACUUUUAUCUGAGCCUACUGUAACUUGAUUUUUGUCCGUCUUUCGUUAGUCGUCGAAAUAUAGCCUUUACUCAGUAAGUAUAAUGAGUACUGGGAAAACAGGAGAAAGGGUUAGGUGAAAAAAGGAGGCAACUCACUCCUGAUCGACAGCGCUCUGUGCUUAUGCAAUGUGACAGGCAAAGAUCAUCGUGUCUGUGGGCCACGAGCAGCGCAGCAGCACCCAAACAUUGAUGCUCACCGCCGCCGCUUCAACUCGAUGAUGUCGCUGCUCCCUUCCCGCGGCAGCGGCAGCAACCAACACGCCAACACCAAGCGGUGGCGGCGGCGACCAACCCAGAAUCAGAAUCAACAUCAGCAGCAGGGGAAGACAUUGAACGACGAGUUGAACGAGCGAGCAGCAGUAGCGUUGAAGCGAAAAGCCAGCGAACAGUCAGGGUUAUUACUUUCAUCUACGACUUGUACCUCCGCUGUGUCGAGUUUUGUGCAGUUAUUGUGCGUGCUGGUGUCGUGUCGAUCUCGCGAUUUCCGUCGGAGUAAGUGGAGUUGCUUGUUCGGCAGCAUUCGCUUGUGUUCGCUGUGAUAUCAGUGAUUCCUGCCGUUUAUCCCGCUCAUCGGUUGGAGAUAAAAACUAGGCAACACCUUGCUUAGUUGGGGUGGCAGAGGUGGUGCUGCUGUCGAAUCUGUCUCUGAUCAAUCUUCUCACUCAUCUGUGAACGUGGCGCGCUCAAGUAGCUCCAAGUCAAAGAUGGACCCGCCGCAAAUUCCAUGGACAACUUUUGCCGAUGGCCAACAAACGCUUAAUCUCUCUACAGCGGCAGCUGCGGCGGCAUCGCAAUUCUCUUAUAUGCAGGACUACAUCACGUCUGGCGGACCAGGGUUCAAUUCGUUUCAGGGUCUCCACGGAAGCUAUCCGUCUCUGGCAGGCGCGAGUGCAACGGGCGAUAGUGCAUCAACAACUCCUGCUAGCACCAGUUCUGUAUCUCCAGGCACCAUUGCUAUCGGUAGUCUUAACUCAGCGUUAGGCUUAGCGGCAAAUGUGGCCGCUGCAGGCCAGAAAACUCCAGCUGCACAGAGCAAUGGUGGAAACAAGGCACAAAAGUCGCAAAGAAAGCGUAAGAAGAAGGAUCCGAACGAGCCGCAGAAACCGGUUUCUGCUUACGCCUUGUUCUUCCGGGAUACCCAAUCCCACAUAAAAAGCCAGAAUCCAAACGCUACAUUCGGUCAGAUUUCGAAAAUUGUCGCCGGAAUGUGGGAUCAACUUGAUGCUGAACGCAAAGAAGUCUACAAGAAGAAGACCGAAGCCGCUAAAAAGGAGUACUUGAAGGCACUUGCCGCGUACCGUGCCUCAUUGGUGCAGAGCCCGCAAACCUCAUCGAGUCCCCAGCAGGCUCCACGGUCGCCAUUAUCUGCACCAUCGAUCUCGUCGUUCCAAUCGUCACUUGGCCAAAACGCCUUUAAUGCUAAUAUUAUGAACGGGCUCAACUCUACAUUGGGCUUCCCACAAAGCAACGGUAACCUUGCAGGCAUGGCUAUGCCUACCAUGGCAGCCAUGGCAAAUGGUCAAGCAAUGGCCAAUCUAGCCAACUUUUCUCACCCGCAAUGGCAACAAGACUCGGCCAAAUUGGCGGCUGGUUUUAGCGCCCAAAAUUGGCCACCAGCGGCCCAUUCUAAUUCCAAUGUACACAGCAUGUACGUUGGUGCCCAAAUGGCGCUCACUGGUCAGCUCAGUAUGCCCUGGGAGCACCGGCGGUAAGGUCCCGAUACAUGUUUAAACGGAAAAAGAGCAUGCCUCAGUUGACGGACUGCAAAAACAUUAAGGGAAAGAGAAAAAGACUCCAUGAUACAUUGUCGUGAGGCCGGCGCGACCCGGGCGCGUGUAGCACGACGACAAUGACGGUUGAUGUAACCGUGAAACAUGCAAACAUGACGGCCGCUAGAAAGCGACUUGCUCGUUGCCUGGCUGGCGACAUCAUGCCGGUGUGCCCCGGGUGGGUGUACAUAUAAUACGAUUGCGACAUCCGUAACAUCACACAGAUUGCAUCCUUGCAUACACCAGCGCAGAUACUGGAUGCCGGAGAAGCCUAAUGUCAAAAAAUGAGGCUAAUCCAUUUAAACAGAUAUACAUAUAUACACAUGCAGAUACACAUUGCAACACCGACAACAUCAUUACAAAAAAACCCCAGUCAAGGGCAUACAUAUAUAUUGACUAGGGGUUCGAUUAUAAUAAUAAUAAUAAUAAUUAUGAUUACUAUUAUUUUUAUUAUUAU